CAGCCAUUGCCUCCUUCCACGCCCCUGAGGGGGCCUCUUCCAGCCCCUCGUGCCAGACCCGAAAGAGCAUUUUCUCCCAGAGGGCCCAGGUCUGCUGCAUUAAUAGGUCUUAAAACACCAGAGCUCUUAGGAAAACAGGAUGAAAGGGCACAGUUUUCAAAUCCAAUAAAGUGGAUUUUUUUGAUGUAUCAUUAUGGAGAACUUCCAGACCAAUGCAUGAGAUUCUAGAUUGUCUCUCCGCUCCCUGAGAUGUUUAAAAAAUUCAGGGAACUUUCUGAGGAAGUGAAAGCAUAGUCCUGACUGAAGAACGGAGAGGGCUGGCCUCUGCAAGACCCCUUCUACCUUAAGUGCUGGAUGAAGGCCAUAAAGGGCCACAGCUGUGCCCUGCAGGUGCUGACCAGAUCCACAGCGCUUCCAGCUGCCACCCGGGCUCUCCAGUCCGUCCUCCCCCUGGCAUCAAACAGAACAUUCACAGCACACUGGACUCAUUGUGAUCUAGGGAGACUUGAUGCAUCUCCCAAGAGACCUCAGCCAUGUCCCUCCAGACCCUCACCCUUUCCGGCUGGAAGACUUAGAGGCUCUUGGCCCUUUACGAUGGGGGACACAGGGGAAGCGGCCCUUAGGAGGUUGUUAGGAGUCAGUAAGGUCACUCUGGAGCCCCAGGUGCAUUCACCCCCGGCAUUCUUAGGCUGAUUCCAGAACAUGUUUGAACUGAUUUUGUUUGUUUGUCCUUAGCUGCCCAACUGGUUGACAUAGACUUGUUUUUUUCAAGCAAAUGAGAAAACUUCCUUUGAUCACAUCUCCCAGGCUGUCGGUAUCUAGACAAUACACAUCUCCCCACGAUUUCACAAUGUAGACUUUCACCCAGGAAGUGCAGAACCAACGUGGGCUGAGGAACUGGCGAUGGAUUUGAGGAGGAAAAGGAAUGAGUGGGCGAGAGGAGACGGAAGAUCUUGUUAGCCCUCAACACCUCCUCAAAGACAGGGGCCAGCCAAGGUCCGCCCACACGACUUCAGGAAGCCAACUCGAGUUCCCUCCUGAAAAGUGGUGCCAGCCUCCGCCCAGCCUGGGCCCUUCACCUCCCGAGCAUGUCCCAACCUCAGCCACUUACCUCCUCCAAACCCACAUGGCCCCCCGCCCCAGGAUACUGACCCUAACCAGCAACCCUCCCACGGCAGACCCUAGCCAAGCCCACCCCCGGACACACCCUGGCCUUCUCUCAAAUCCCAUCCUCUCUCUUGCCUGCCCUUGACCUCACCACCUCCCCCAAAGGCACCAUCGAGCUCUGACUUCAAGUGGACUCCCUCCCUCAACUUAAGACACAGCCCUGAACCCACGCCCCUCCCUCCAGAACAGACCCCAAUCCUGCCCAGACUCGGGUCCAAACAAGAUACCAGCCACAGCUUAAGGCUCGGCAGCACAUCCAUCACAUUGGCUCGAGGCGGAAGGAACCCCCUGGUCCCCUAGGCCCCAUUCUGGGGGCUCCAGGAAGCCGGGAACACAAAGAGUUCUGCAGCUGCUGGGCCUGAUCAACCCAGAUUCAAAGAGGAAUGUGGCCUUAGAUUUAACAUGUGGAUGCAGAGCAGGGUUGGACUGUCCUAAUAUACUUCCCCUUCCCCACAAAUGCCUCCCUUACAGAAAUCCCGCAAGUAGACCGGGAGUGGAGGGGUAAAUAACCCUCCACUCCCUCACACUCUGGACCUGCUGGCGAUCAUGAUCAUGGGGGGUGGGGGAAGGGAGGUGCACACACAUCAUAUCAAAGACACGUGUACCCUCAGACCUCAAGGCCUUGACUCAACCGGAUCUGCACCUGUUUAUUUCCCACCCCAGCCAACCUCGGAGCACGCGCAGAGCCAGCUGCCGGCUCUGGCCGCCAUUUUCCUGCGCUCUCUUCCUUUCCACGGACCGAGCUAGGAGGGCUGAGAGAAGAGAUUUGUUGUCGGGAGGAUUUGAUAAGGAGACUUAGCCCGGUGCCCGGCACUUUACGUGCAUUUCAGACAUGUCAGCUGCUGCUGUGGUCAUCACUGUUUAUCUUUAGCUCACAUCGCUGAGGACACCUCAGACCUCCUUCAGCACGUGAAAUUCCAGUCCAGCAACUUCGAAAACAUCUUGACGUGGGACAGCGGGCCGGAGAGUGCCCCAGACACCGUCUACAGUGUGCAGUAUAAGACGUAUACUCCUCCAACACAAGCCCUUUUGACUCUGCUCUGGAACCAACCCCUCCAAGAAAACCCUUCCUUCUUCCUAUGUCCCCAUGCCCCCCACCCGGACUGGUGUCACACAGCAGCCCUCCCCCAGACAUAGCUUUGCUCCUUUAUGUUUCUUCUGCAGGGGGAGGUUAGAAUAAUGGUUACCAGUACGGGCUCUGGGGGCAGACGCCAGCUCUCUCCCUAUAACUCUGGGCGGUUGGGUAACCUCACCAAGCCUCCAUUUCCUCAUCCAUGAAGUAAAGUUAGCAAUAGUACCUUCCUCAUAGGGUUCAAUGAGACAGUCAUUAGCACGUCUACCUGGCAGACAACAAGCUCCCAAUCAUUGCUUUAUACUGGGUUAGACUGGGUCAACGAAAAGUCAUGCCCACCCCCUCCCGGGCCCCCAACCCACCCCGUUCCUGCUCCUCUCCUCUCCCAGGCAGGAGAGGAGGGUACUUGGGCUCAGGAGUCUGCAAACCUGGCUUCCAUUCCUGGUCCUGCCACUUCAUCCUGUGGCAAGGCACUUGCCCUCUCCGAGGCCCAAGUCCCUCAUCUGUCAAUGGGGCUAAAAGUGCCCAGACGGUGAGCUCAGACUGGCUGGGUUCACAUCCUGGUUCCCUGCGUGCAUGCCUCAAACACCUGGGCAAAUUUUACUUCCUUAACCCCCAGCUCCCCUCCUUGAAAAGGAGGGAGAAUGACGUAUGAACCUCACAGCACCGUUGUGAGGUUCAUCCGCAUAAAGGGCCUGGGUACACGUGCUAAGUAAAUAUUUGAUAUUAUUACCAUUAUUAAUAAACGACGGGCUUGCUGCCAAGCCUGUUCAUGAAAGGUGUGCUCUGGCCCUUCCCUUGCCCACAGUUAUGGAGAGACAGAGUGGCAGGCAAAGGAGGGCUGCCAGCGGAUCACCCGGAAAUCCUGCAACCUUACCAUGGAGACAGGCAACCUCACGGAUCUCUACUACGCCCGGGUCACCGCCAUCGACGCGGGAGGCCGGUCCGCCACCAAGAUGACCGACCGGUUCAGCUCACUGCAGCACACUAUCAUCAAACCACCUGAUGUGACCUGUAUCCCCAAGGCGAGAUCCAUCCAGAUGAUUGUCCAUCCCACCUACACGCCCAUCCACACAGGGAAUGGCCACCGGCUAACCCUGGAGGACAUCUUCCAGGACCUGUUCUAUCACUUAAAGCUGCACAUCAACCACACCUACCAAAUGCACCUUGGAGGGAAGCAGAGAGAAUUUGAGUUCUUUGGCCUGACCCCUGACACGGAGUUUCUUGGGACCAUCGUGAGUUCUGUUCCAACCUGGUCCAAGGAGAGCGCCCCCUACGUGUGCCGAGCGAAGACGCUGCCAGAUCAGACGUGGACCUACUCCUUUUCUGGCGCCUUCCUGUUCUGCAUGGGCUUCCUGGUCGCAGGGCUCUGCUACCUGAGCUACAGAUACAUCACCAAGGCGCCUCCGCCUCCCAACUCCCUGAAUGUCCAGCACCUACUGACCUUCCAGCCUCUGCAGUUCAUCCAGGAGCACAUCUUAAGCCCCGUCUUUGACCUCAGUGGCCCGAGCGGCCUGGCCCAGCCUGUCCAGUACUCCCAAGUCAAGGCCUCCGGGCCCAUCGAGCCUCCAGGAGCCCCACCGCGACACAGCCUGUCUGAGGUCGCCUACCUUGGGCAGCCGGACCUCUCCAUCCUCCAGCCCUCUGGCGGGCCACCUCUCCAGACACUCCCCCCACUGUCCUAUGCCCCCCAGGCUGCCCCUGAGGGCGGGCCCCCGUCCUAUGCACCUCAGGUAACCCCCAAAGCUAACCUCCCCCCCUACAAUCCCCAGGCCAUCUCGGAGGCCCAGCCUCCUUCCUACACCCCUCAGGCCACUCCGGACAGCUGGCCUCCUUCCUACGGCAUGUGCAGGGAAGGCUCUGGCAGAGACCCCCCACCUAUGACACUCUCUGGUCCCAAACACCUCGGAACUAAAGGUCAGCUCCAGAAAGAGGCACCAGCUGGAAGCUGCAGCCCAGGUGGCCUUCCUCUGCAGCAGGUGACCUCCUUGGCUAUGGAGGACCCCCAAGAAGUAAAAUCCUUCCACCGGCAUCUGGGGGCUCACACAGACAGAGAACCUGACUCUGAUGUCAUACGCAGAGGGGAGCCAAGGACACGAAGCUACAUAAAGGGCCAGCUGCCCCUCCUCUCCUCUGUCCAGAUCGAGGGUCACCCCGUGUCCCUCCCUUUGCAGACUCCUUCCUGCCCAUGUUCCCCCACAGACAAGGGUCCGAGUCCCUGGGGCUUGCUGGAGUCCCUCGUGUGUCCCAGUGAUGAGGGUCCCGCAUCCGAGACUGAGGCCAAGAGCCCAGGCCCUCGGGCCCCAGACCUGGAGUCGCCCACGGAGCUGGACUCUCUGUUCAGAGGCCUGGCCCUGACGGUGCAGUGGGAGUCCUGAGUGGGAACAGGGUGGGCCUGGGGCUUCCUGCUGUCCCCACCCUCACCUCGCAUCCUUGGCCGUCACUCCCGCACCCAGCGGCGCUGCGCACUCUGCAGCCCGGCCCCGGGGGUGCCCUUGAGGAACCGGCAGAAGGACGAUGCCGGACCCCGCCGUGGCUGAGCUCCUUGGGAGCAAAAAGGCAUGAGAAGGGCUCCGGCCAGAGGAGUUACAGAAGUGCAUCAUAUACAAACGAGCGAGCGCAAAUGAGCAUGUGCACGCCAAGUUCUGCUGGGCAGGACGGACAGUCAGAGUGCAGGAGUUAAUAUGGGGAGCCUCCCGGAGACCCAGGGCCCCGGCUCCUAAUACACUGGACGCAAAGUUCUCCGUGAGCCUACCUCUCUUCAUUCCUGGCCACUUUCAUAAUCUAGUUCAGCAGAGUGAGGCCUCUGCCUCCUCUGUGGUUCCCCAAAGGUGAGAAAAGGAGCCUGUAAAAAGGACACCUCACAGCAGACUGGGCAGAACCAGGGCAAGCUGCACUUCUGCCAAGUCCAGAGGCAGCCUGAUGGCAAGACUGCAGGGAGAGGUGCGGCCUGCGGCUCAUCCCCAACCAGGGCUACUGCCUGGAAUUACACCAUUUCCGCUUCAUCCCUCUGCUAGAGGCUUUACCCCAAGUGAAAUGCAGGUCCACCAGGGAGGGAGAACACAGAAGCCUUUUCCGUCGGCAGGAGUUUCAGACCCUCUAUCCUGGCAGCAGGGUUUGAAAGGAACAUGGGGCCAUGGGGCAACUGAAGGAGACACAACUACAAACUGUACCUACUUCACAACUUUGGAAACUCAGCCUUGGAUUCAGCCCACCUGGGUUCAAAUUCCAGACUUAGUACUUACCAGCCAUGUGACUUCAAGCAAAUGAAUCACGGCUCAAAAUCUCAGUUUCCUCAUCUGUGUCAUGGGGAUAAUAACACUGACCUCACAGGGUUGUGGUGAGGAUGAAAUUAAAUAAUGUCUGCAAAGUGUUUCAUAGUGCCUGGCUCAUGGGCAGUGCCCAAUAAAC